CGAAACUAGAGCGUGGUGACUGAGCCAUUGACAGAAAACAGUAGACCUCUUAAUAAAUUGGUGUCUGUGUAUUUUGUCAGUCAUUUUCGGAUCAAUAUAACAACAGUGGAUUGGAAGAGUCUGUAUUAAGCCCCAGUGCAUGUAGGCUGGUGUAUCCACUGCCUAUACGUCGGAUAUCGUAAGAGAGGUCUCCGACCGAGGCUGUCAUUUCCCAACGCCAUUCUACGCCAGCAGCCGGUGGAUGCGUCUGGAAGGUUAAGCCCGCACCAUGAGCGGGGAGCCGGAUGCUUUGGCCGUGGUCAACCAGCUACGGGAUCUAGCCGCCGACCCCCUAAACCGAAGAGCCAUCGUCCAAGACCAGGGAUGCGUGCCAGGUCUCAUCCUCUUCCUAGACCACUCCAACCCCCAAGUGGUGUACUCCGCACUUCUAGCUGUGCGGUACCUGGCAGAAUGCCGUGCCAACAGGGAGAAGAUGAGGGGAGAGCUGGGCAUGAUGCUAAGCCUGCAGAAUGUCAUCCAGAAGACAACUACACCUGGCGAGACCAAGCUGUUGGCCUCUGAGAUCUACAAGAUCUUGCAAGCUUCCGGCAGUGCAGAGGACCAGCCAGAUGAGGUCGCGUCCUGCCGACGGAAGGCGCAGUUCUUCAUGGGGAGCAGCAACAAACGUGCCAAAACCGUGAUUCUCCACAUCGAAGGGUUGGAUGACCCGAGCCGGAGGACUCUAUGUGAAGAGGCCCUGCUCAAGAUCCGUGGCGUGAUCAGCUUUACCUUUCAGAUGGGUGUUAAGAGGUGCAUCGUCAGGAUCCGCUCAGACCUGAAGACCGAGGCACUGGGCUCUGCCAUCGCCUCCACGAAAGUCAUGAAAGCCCAACAGGUGGUCAAGAAUGAAGAUGGAAACGAAGUAAUGAUCCCCUUCCCAGAGGAUGGCUUGGUGCCAGUGGAGCAGAAUGUAGACCUCCCAGACUACCUGCCCGAGGAGGAGAGUCCGUCCCAGGAGCCGGAUAAGGCGGUGACGCGGGUGGGCUCCACUCAGGAGGGUGCAAGCUGGCUCAAUACUGCCACUAAUUUCUUGUCCCGCUCUUUCUACUGGUGACACCAAGCCACCCUCCAAGCCUGGGCCGUACCCACGACGCUCUGCGCCUAAGGCGCCCCCCCCCCCUCCCCUGGAGUACAGGUCUGCCAAGUGCAAUUCUCAGCUGAAUAACAGCGUAGAGCCACACAUACCCACAGAAACACACACAUGCUGUAUACACGCCACAAGCACCAUGACACAAUGAGACCUGGACACAUAUCAGACUUCCUGCAUUCCUUUAUUGUUUUCCCCGCCGUUUUUAGGGAUUAUCAGGUUAUUAAACGGGUCAGUCUUUUUAAACCAAACUGUCUUGUGACAUGAAGCUUUAUGGUGCGAGGUCUAACGAAACACGGAGCAGACAGCAGCUGAGACCUGCUUCUUACUAUCAGGUGACCAGUCAGCAGCUCUCUUCCUCUUGUCCCGAGGUUCUGUCCCAUGUUCCUGUAAAUGCUUGAUGAUGUCUUUCUUUCCUCCGCUUGCGGGCUCUCGGAGUCUUGGGUGGCCUUUCGCAUUCAGGUUUUCCCUCGUCGGUGUUUACAGCUCAGCUUCUAUGUCUGGCCGCGUUGUCAGCAUAUCUGUGUUGUUUGUCUGUCUGUUGUGUGUUUUUCUCUCUCCCUUCUUGGUGUCAUAGUAAUCAAUCACGCACUGCAACAGGUCAAACGUGAGGUCCGUGCUGCAUGAAUAUCAUCCAGCGAUAGACCAAGCAUGCUGAGGCUACUGGCUUGGUGUGGAUGUUAUGGAUGGAAGUUUUUACCUUUUCUAGCUAUGUGUGAGUGUCAGUGUGACUGUCAGUGUGAGUGUGAUCUGGGAAACUCUGUUACUAAGUGAUGUCCACUAAAUAAAAACAAAAAAAAGCAAAAAUAUUUAUCUGCCACAGCUUAAGUUCAGUUCAUUCUAGUUCCUUUUCAUGUUUACAAGAUGAUGACUGACCGCAACCUCUAUUUAAUACUCAUUAAUGAGUGGUCCAAUUAAAAGAAAAAACAUUUUGAGUAAAAGAUAUUUAAUUUAAACGUGUUUAAACGGUGACAGAACAUUAAGGUCGAUUUGCUAAGUACAGGCCAUUGUUUUGUGUGGAUAACGGAAGUGAAGUGGUCUCCAUUUGGCCUUUGUGAGUAAGAUGAGACAAAAUAGCAGCUGCUGUUUGUUAAAGUCAAUCCACGAAUGGAAGAGGAGCACCUGUUGACCUGCCUCACUGUUUGGCAGGAUCCUUAAGGGCUCAGUCAGGAUCGUCAUCUAACAGUGACAGUAACAGUGCCCCCCUUCCCCUCAGAGGCCAGGGGAAGUUUCUAGAAACAGGAAACUGGGUAAAAUAAAUGCAUUUGUUUGGGUUUGAUCAUAUUACUUCUGUGUUUGACCUUUGACCUUGAAAGACUAUGAAACUGUCACAUGAUGUUACACCCUGUACAUGCUGUGUUGUUCAUGUCACAUUUUUAUUGAAAUUAGCAUGAUAGCAUUAAAAUAUUUGCUGUGGAAAGUGAA